GAAUCACGGUGUUUGUCGUCAUAUAGAAGGGAUAGAUGGAUAUCUAGACUUAUCAAGACCCGUCGCUUAGCAUAGGGCCUGCUUUCUGUCACGGUGGGACUGGGCAGAUGUUGUGGCGAAAGCUGUGUGAUUAAUUGAGUUAACGGUGAGUAAUUUGCGCCGGCCAUUCAGGGGGAAACGAAAGCAGCCUCCCUGAAGACUACUUUUUACAGAAUUAUUGUUUGAGGUAGCUUAGUGUGUAUGGACGCGCUUCUGCGUGUGUGUGCUCGAAUGUGAGGAAAAGUAAAAAAGAGAGUUUACACCAAGAAACUCCACACAUGCGCAGGGGAAACAGAAUGGAGAGGGGGCGCGAGGGGCGGGUUCGGUAUAAAUUGCCUUUCGCUACCAAAUUCCGUCUGUCGCGCGCGUACCGAGGCAGCCCGAACAUCUCUUCUAGACACACAUGCAGCAGCUCACACACUAACCCGAUUGCGUGUGCAACCUCUUUGUGUCACACACUCACACUAACCCGUUCAACUACAGCAUGGAGGAGCGACAGCACUGCGCACAACACGCACCGUGCAGCACCUGCAGGAGAGAGCGCAAAGCAAACUUAACGAUUAGAGGCGUAUCGCCCCCCGGUCGAUUUCUGAUUCUGGCUUUGUCUUUGAGCUUGUCCAUCGCCCAAGCUUGUGCAUUAGCCCCGGAAACGCUGUGCGGCGGGGAGUUGGUGGACACGCUCCAGUUCGUCUGUGGAGAGAGGGGUUUCUACUUCAGUAAGCCGGCCUCCACGCCCGCGCGGGCGCUACCAGGGGGGAUCAUCGUCGAGGAGUGCUGCUUCAGGAGCUGUGCCCUGGAGCUGCUGGAGCAAUACUGUGCCAAGCCCACGGUCACUGAGAGAGACCUCAGCCGACACAUCCUACCUGCUCUGCAUGGGGAAACAGUCCAGAGGCCGUACCCAGUGCGCUUUGCCCUGUGGCAGAGGCAGGCGGUCCAGAGACUGCGCCGUGGUCUGCCUGUGAGAUCCCGUGCUCCGUUGCGACACCCUCAGCUGGCGCCCGGUGAUCACAUGAGAGACGCCACGGACGCAGCUCUGCGGCGAGCUCUUGGCAGGCGACGUCCUUCGGCCGCCGCCGCUGUCGGAUCUAAGAUGGACGGCGGCCGCCGCCAGCCUCUCGCCCUCACGCCGCUGGUCAACAGGCGCUCUUUUCACACGCUCAGUUCUCACCAAGACGAAGAGGGCGCCAUCACGGCACUGCUCAGCAAGCAGCGGUCUGUUCACGCGCCCAGCACCAGUGUCCAGGAGGACGCCCGUGUCCGACGACCCUUGUCCGAGUGGCUCAGCACACUGCCUCUUCACAAACACACUGCCCGCAAGUGAAGACCGCACAAAGAGAAACUUACAAAGGGAAUGAACUGAGUGAUAGUCACCCCAAACCUUCCUGCUAUGUCUGAGGCACACUGACAACACACACACACACAAACACGCUUUAUAUCUCUGUCUCUCUCUCUCUCACACACACACACACACACAAACACACUUUAUAUCUCUGUCUCUCUCACACGCGCACACACACAC